AAAGUUGAAGGUUAUCAGGAAGACAAACACACGCACGCGGUCAUGGCGAUUAGAAAAUUGAGGAAGCCAAGACACAAUCAAAUUCAAAUUGAAAUUGAUUACCGACCGGCCAAUGUUUGUCUGUCUCCAACAGAAAUUUCAUCAGAGAGAGUUUGAAUGAGAUCCAAAAUGGGGCAGCAGCUACAUGUAGUUUUGUUUCCAUUAAUGGCUCAUGGCCACACCAUCCCGACACUGGAAAUGGGCAGCCUGUUUCAUUCCAGGGGUCUCAAAGUCACCAUAAUCUCAAAUGAUCUCUUACGCGAUUCCAUCACCAUGGCGCAGCAAUCCGGCCUCGAUGUCGCCGUAAGAACCCUUAAAUUCCCGCCCAAGGGAUCCUCCUUGCCCGAAAACAUUGCCAGCGUCGAUCAAAUUUCCACCCCUGAUAUGCUGCCAAAGUUCCUCGACGCCGUGGCCUUGCUCAAAGAACCCGUCGAGACACUCCUCCAGGAAUUGAAACCUAACUUCCUCAUCUCCGACGUCUUCUUCCCUUGGACGGCUGAAUCUGCAGCCAAAUUCGGAAUUCCCAGAUUGGUCUUCCAUGGCACCAGCUGCUUCGCAUUGUGCGUCUCCGACCAAAUUCAGCUCCACAAGCCUUACUUGAAUGCCGAAUCCGAUUCCGACACAUUUGUGGUGCCUAAUCUGCCUCAUCACCUCACAUUUACUCCGACACAGGUGUCGCCGCAUGAACGAGCAGGAAAGAAGAGUCUACUCGGAGGAUUGCUGGAGCAAGUCAUGGAGUCAACGGAGAGAAGCUAUGGAGUCAUCCUCAAUAGCUUCUCGGAGCUCGAAUCAGAUUACAUUGAACAUUACAAGAAUGUGUUGGGGAGAAGGGCAUGGCCUAUAGGUCCCCUUCUGUUAACCAACGCCAUUAACGGAUUACCAAGAGCACAUAGAGGGAAACAAUCAUCCAUUGACGUGGACGAAUGCCUGGCCUGGCUCGAUUCAAAGAAUCAUAAUUCAGUCGUGUACAUGUGCUUCGGCAGCACGGCGACUUUCAGUCCAGCACAAUUACGCGAAAAGGCAAUUGGGCUCGAGGCCUCGGGGCAAGAUUUCAUUUGGGUUGUGAGGAGAGGGACAGGUCAGGGAGACGCUGAAGAAUGGCUUCCGGAAGGAUUCGAGGAAAGAGUGAAAGGUAAGGGGCUGAUCAUCAGGGGAUGGGCACCCCAAGUGAUGAUUCUUGAUCAUCCUGCAGUGGGAGCUUUUGUGACCCACUGUGGAUGGAAUUCGACCCUGGAAGGGAUCUGUGCUGGGGUUCCUAUGGUGACAUGGCCCGUCUUUGCCGAGCAGUUUUUCAACGAAAAAUUGGUGACGGAUAUCUUAAAAAUUGGAGUUUCAGUCGGGAAUAAGAAUUGGCAGAGGAGCGAAAGUGAAGGAGUGACUAGCAGUGCAGUCACAAAGGCUUUGCAGGACAUCAUGGUUGGAGAAGGAUCUACAGAAAUGAGACACAGGGCAAAGCAUUACAAGGAAAUGGCAAGAAAAGCUGUUGAACGAGGAGGAUCAUCCUACGACAAUCUGGAUGAUUUAAUACAGGAAUUGAGUGUCUAUCAGCCUCCCAAUCCCAAGAAAGAAUAGGAUGACAGCCCAAUCCUUGUAGCUCUACUACUUUCAUGUCCUAGUUUUCCACGUCUAGUAAUUCAUGAUAAUAUGAUUAAGUUCCACACAUGUGGCUGUAGGGCUCUGUUCAAGCUCUCCUCCUCAAUAAAGGCUCUUUUGUUUCUGCGAAGAAAAGAUGUAAUUAAAUUAAUGAAGAAAGAACCCUUUGUUGUCUUGUCUCUCA